AUGGCCUCCAGCGACACCGACAGCUCAGGCAGCCCCCGGGGAUGGACGGCUGUGGAUGCGGAGGAAUACCAAACUACUGCCGAUGCAUCCUGGCCUCAUGAUGCCCCUCCUCUUAUUGCCAUUGUUGGCAUGGGAGUGCGGCUCCCCGGAGGUGUCUCCUCUCCAGAGGAUUUCUGGAAGCUGAUGAUUGACCGGAGAUGUGCAUCAGGUCCGGUUCCUGGUAGCCGGUACAAUAUAGACGCUUUCUACGGGGUCCCAGGAGAAGACACACAAUCUGUGGUAUCACGAAAUGGAUACUUUCUCGAUGAUGAGUACCUAGGAAAGGCAGAUUCAUCGUUCUUUCAAACCAAUCGAUACGAGCAUGGUGCUCAAGACCCCCAACAAAUGCUUCUCUUGGAAGUGGUAUGGGAGUGUAUGGAAAGCGCUGGUCAGGUCAAUUGGCGAGGAACAGAGAUUGGGUCAUUUGUAGGAACGUUCGGCGAGGACUGGUUGGAUCUUACGGCCAAAGACACCCAGAAUCUCAAUCCUCUGCAUGUCAUCGGGACGGGUGAUUAUGCAGUUGCUAAUAGAGUGUCAUUCGAGUAUGAUUUAAAAGGACCCAGUAUGACCUGCAGGACAGCCUGUUCCUCGUCUCUCGUGGCCCUCCACGAGGCAUGUCAAGCCAUCGCCCUUGGGGAUUGUCCGUCAGCUAUUGUUGGCGGGACAAGUCUAAUUUUCACCCCGACGAUGACGACGAAUAUGUCGCAGGCUAACGCUCUCUCCCCAGAUGGAAUCUGCAAGACGUUUGACGCAGAUGCGAAUGGAUAUACCCGUGGAGAGGGGAUUUGUGCUUUGUAUAUCAAAAAACUCGAUGAUGCGAUCCGGGACCAUGAUCCGGUCCGUGGAGUAAUUCGGGCAGUGGCAACAAACUUUGAUGGCCGGACAAAUCAUAUUAUGGUCCCGUCAGCAGAUGGCCAGGAGGCUCUGAUCCGGAAGGCCUAUCGCAAAGCACACAUAGCCAACCCGGGCGAGACGGCGUUCGUGGAAUGCCAUGGCACCGCUACACCAGUUGGAGAUGUCGUGGAGACCACUGCCAUAGCCAACGCUUUUGAAAGACAGUCUAUGAUAAUAGGGGGUGUGAAACCGAACAUUGGCCAUACCGAAGGUGCAGCAGGGCUUGCAGGGCUGAUCAAGGGAGUUCUCGCCCUGGAACAUAAACAGAUUCCUCCAAACAUACACUUUGCAACACCCAACCCAAAAAUCUUGUUCAAAGAGGCGGGAUUAACAGUACCAGUCGAAACUCUCCCUUGGCCUCAGGAUCGUAAAGAGCGUGUGAGCGUCAACUGUUUUGGAGUCGGUGGGACAAACGCACAUGUGAUUGUCGAUUCAGCGGACUCCGUGCUGGAGCCUCGAACCAACACCAGCGAGGGCAGUAAAAGUAUCCCUCAGCUACUAGUAGUUUCUGCUAGUCACUUAGAAUCCCUUACUCGAAGAAUCGAACAAAUCGAAAAUUAUAUUUCACAAAAAGCUGGUUCUCUGGAUGACCUAGUGUACACCCUCAGUGUGAGGCGUGAACAUUUGCAGCAUCGAGCCUUUGCGGUAAAACAUAAGGGCAACUCCACGAUGUCAACCAAUUUUGUUAGGGCUGAUAAUAUUAAUCAUGGAGCAAAGACAGUAGCAUUUGCAUUUCCUGGUCAAGGAGUGCAGUGGAGUGGGAUGGGUGCUCAGUUGAUGGAGAAUUUCACGUCCUUCAAGAACGACAUGCAUCGGAUGGAUAAUGUGCUCCAAGGCCUAUCAAAUGCACCCGAAUGGAGGAUCUGCGAGGAGCUUGUCAGAACAGGAGAGGAAAGCAAUAUCGAUCAGCCAGAAAUCUCGCAGCCACUAUGUACUGCCGUGCAAAUUGGCUUAGUCAAUCUUCUCAAGUCUUGGGGCAUCACUCCCUCUACAGUCAUUGGCCAUUCAAGUGGGGAGUUUGCAGCAGCCUAUGCUGCCAAUGCCAUAUCGCUAGAUACGGCAAUUAUAUUGGCCUAUACUCGCGGUGUAGUAGCCACGAUAGCACCCAGUGACGGAGGCAUGCUCGCUGUGGCACUUGGUCGAGACAGUGUGUCUCGGUAUUUGGACAAUGACAUCGUAGUAGCAUGCGAGAAUAGCCCUAAGAGCGUGACUCUUGCUGGGCCCCGUUGUCGGUUAGAGCGGCUGGCAACUAAUCUCAAGAAUGAGGAGCCCGACGUCCUAUUAAAGCUGCUACCAGUUGAGCGUGCAUAUCAUUCUCCGCAUAUGGCAACCGUCGGUGCCAAGUACGAAGACAUGACCGGUCCCCAUAUAGCUAUGAAUGCUGACGCAAUGAUUCCAAUGUAUUCCACUGCAUCGGGCACGGUAAUCACCUGUCCCAGUGAACUUGACGCUGUAUAUUGGCGCCGUAGCCUAGAAUCUCCCGUGCUAUUCUCCACGGCUUUUCGUGACCUAGCCAUAUCCACGACUGAUAAGGUGCACCUAGUCAUAAUAGAGAUUGGGUCGAAUUCGGCGCUCCGUGGACCAAUGCAGCAAAUCCUGUCUGAAACCACAACCAGCUACACGUACUGCGCGACCAUGAAACGCAACGAGGAUAACAUAUUCAAUAUCAUGUCUGUCGCCGGGACAGCGUACCUGAGCCAUCUGCCCGUUGACCUACUCGCUAUUAACGGGGCCUAUCAGGGACAGACAGUCCCCGACCUUCCUACCUACCCCUGGCAACGAGAGGACACUGAGUGGACAGAAUCGCGCCUGACUAGACAAUGGCGCCUCCGCCAGUUUCCUCGCCACGAGUUGCUGGGAGCCCGGUGCCUGGAAAGUAACGAUUUCGCACCCACCUGGCGUAAUGUCCUCAGAGGUGAUGAGGUGCCCUGGAUUAACGAGCAUCGCAUGAUGGGCAUUGUUGUAUUUCCAGCCGUGGGUUAUGUAUCUAUCGUUUCCGAAGCCAUACGGCAGGUUACCGGCUCGAGCGACUGUACUAUUCAACAUCUCCUGCUUAUGGAGGCACUGGUGAGAGAUGAAAGCGACGUUGAGAUUAUGACGAGUUUGCGCAAGAUGACUUUGAACGCCACUAUGGAUUCUAGUUGGUACGAGUUCAUCAUAUGGUCGUACAAUGGCCAUGGAUGGACCAAACAUUGUUCGGGGCAAGCGAGAGCUGGUAACGACCAGCCACCUUCAUCGAAUACAAUUUCUGCGCCAUUUGAUCGGGAGCUUACAUCACAAACUUGGUACCGAAGGACCCAAAAAAAGGGACUGGAAUAUGGUACUCGUUUUGAAGGCCUACAUGAUAUCACGGUCGAUCCGCUAAGGAACGCUGCUCGUGGAAGAGUCGAGGACAAACGCGAGCUUCACCACAGCUAUUAUGCCAUUCACCCAACGAUCGUCGACCAGUGUCUUCAAGUAGCGCUUAUUGCCAGUGACAAAGGGGUAUCUCAUUAUCCUGACAAGGCUGGCAUGCCACUUUACAUCGAUCGGGUUUAUUUGGCCCCUGGGGGUGACUCGAUGCUGGUCGAGGCUACGACCACAAACCCUGUCGAGGAAAACUUGAUCGGGCGCUUCAGGGCAGUAUCCGAGACGACAGGUGACUUGGUUUUGGAAAUGGCUGGGAUGCGCUUUUUGCCCAUACCGGAGACAGGCUUCGAAGGCAAAGGGCCGAAGCUAGGGACAUAUGUCGAGUGGAAACCUGAUAUCAGGUUUCUAACCGUAAGCCAUCAGGUACCAUCUCCAGUAUUCUUAGACCAGUCAAUGAUGCACGGAUGCGCAAAGGCGGCAUUUGUAUCCAUGUUUGAUAUGCUCGAAGCCAUGGGUACUCAACCCGUGCUUUCACCAUAUUUCAUCAGGUACAAAGAGGUACUCUUAAACAUAGCGCGCAGACUGGCUGAAGGCCAAUACAAUUAUAUACCUGGGUUGCAACAUAUUAGGGAAAUGAACCAAAAACAGCGCCAGAAGAUAUUUGAAACUCUACGCACAGAAUUCCCCGACCCCCGUGUGGACAAAUUCUAUGUUGACAUUCGGAGAUAUGCAACUGAGUAUUCCAAUCACUUUGCGGAUGGAAACGAUACCGGGAGCACUUCGCUCCUGAGCUCAAUGAAAAGCAUUUUCGAGUGGGGCCUCACUCUUCACAACUGGAACGACUUCCUUGGUCCCCUUGGACAUACGAACCCGCGCCUCCGUAUCCUGGAGGUUGGUGCUGAUGCAGGGUCUGCAACGGCAACCAUCGUAAAUGCACUAACUACAAUACAGGGAGACAGGCUUUUCAACAACUUCACGGUGACCGACCCAGACACUGCAUGUCUCGAUGCGUUAAAAGAACGUUUCCAAGCUGUGCCUAAAAUGGAAUACAAAUCAUUAGAUAUCUCCAAGGAUCCUAGGGAGCAGGGACUUAUCGAAGCUAGCUAUGACCUAGUAGUUGUGUGUAAUGUCCUGUGGCAGACGCCGGUUCUUUCUCAGCCACUCAAGAAUGUACGGUCUUUACUGGCCCCUGGAGGACGAUUGCUGCUAUGCGAGCCAUGUUCAGAUAUACCAUACUUUGAUGUUUUGAUGGCCCUGCUCCCUGGAUGGUGGUCGGGGGUUGGUAAUGACCAUCUAGAAAAGCCUUACGUUUCAGUGCAUCGCUGGAAGACGGAGUUAUGCCUAGCAGGCUUCUCAGGAGUCGAUGUCUUCGCGUACAAUGCACCCUCCCCACUUCAUUCACAAGCUGUGAUGCUGUCGACUAACCCAGUGGUGGAUCCCCCUCGACCCCCGAUUAGCUUACUUUGCAGGCCUGAGGACAGAUAUCACCCGUGGGUACAAGGAAUUGCAAGCCAUUUGUCCUGCAAUGAAUAUGCAGUACAGUGGUGUUUGUUUGGAGAGGAACUUCAAACACAGGACGUUAUUGCCUUGCUAGAUCUUGAAACACCUUUCAUGGACAAUCUUUCUCAGUUAACCUACGAUAAGCUAAAAAGUAUACUUGCAUCAGUUAAGCGCAUACUUUGGGUUACGCACUCGAUUCAAAUGAGAUGUCUGGACCCCCGUUUCGGUCAGAUCCUCGGCCUUGCUCGCACCUUGCGUCUCGAACUGAACAUCGACUUUGGGACUUUUGAGGUUGAUUCAUUCAAUGAAGACACAAUCUCCACGGUCAUGCAGGUAUACCAGCAGCUUGGUAGUGACAUUCCUGGAUCGGACGCUCGGGAGUAUGAGUUCAUCCUAAGCCAAGGCGCCGUGCAUACUGGCCGUGCAAUUUUGACCAAGGUGGCAGACCAGCUUGAGGCCAAAGACCAGUUUGAUGUCUACCAGCUUGACAUCGGGACAGUGGGCGAUCUGAGCACACUUGGCUGGAAACCAAUUCGGGGUCGGGAGGCCGGGCCGCACGAAGUGGAAGUCAAGGCUAGCUAUAUGGCAUUGAACUUUAAGGAUCUCAUGAUGUCGCUAGGGGUUGUGGAGAGAACCAAAACAAUGGACUUCAGCUUCGAAGUUAGUGGUAUUAUCACUAGUGUGGGAUCCCAGGUUAGCGACCUGCAAGUGGGUGACAAAGUAGUUUUAUUUGAUCCCUCACCAACAGCAACCAAGGGGGUGUUUCCGGCUGAACGCGUCCGCCGGAUUCCUGAUAAACUAACAAUGACAGAGGCUGCUGCCAUUCCCACUGCUUACGCUACUUCCAUUCUCACGCUGUUGCAAAUCGGCCAGUUGAAAACGGGUCAGUCGGUUCUGGUCCAUUCCGCAUGUGGUGGUGUUGGACUAGCAGCAGUUCAUAUUUGCCAUGCAAUUGGUGCAAUAAUCUUUGCCUCGGUCGGUAGUGACGAAAAAGCACAUUAUCUGAUGGAGACAUUUGGCAUUCCCCGCUCACACAUCUUCGACUCCCACAGUACAUCGUUCCUCUCGGGGGUCAUGCAGCAAACUAACGGAAGGGGCGUCGAUUUAGUGCUAAACUCGCUUGCAGGUGACCUGCUGCGGGCCUCAUGGCAAUGUGUUGCGCCUUUUGGAAAGAUGCUCGAGAUUGGGAAAAGGGAUAUUCUGGGGCAUGGCUUGCUUGAUUUGCAUGGGUUCCAAAACUGUCGGUCCUUCUGCGGCUUCGACUUAUAUACCGUUGCAUUCAAGGAUUGGCGUAGGAGCGGAGAGGCUAUAGAAAAAGGAAUAAAGUAUUUCCUUGAUUCCAAAUAUCGCCCUGCACACACCGUCUUCAAAGUUGAAGAGCUAGAAACUGCCAUGCGGCAAAUGCAAAACGGCCAAAACAUUGGAAAGCUCAUUAUCGAGUUGCCUGAAGACGACAGUCGACUUCCUUUAUUGCCCGCCCCCCCAGUAUUCAGUUUCCAGUCUAAUGCUUCAUAUCUGCUGGUUGGUGGACAGAGAGGAAUCGGCCGAGCGAUUGUCCGGUGGAUGGUGGAAUAUGGCGCUCGCUAUUUUGUAUUCCUAUCCCGAUCUGCUGGAUGUAAUGAAGAAGAUCAAAAGUUCUCACAAGAGCUCCAAAUCCAGGGAUGCCAAGUGGAAAUGAUUGCCGGGAGCGUUGCUGAUCUAGAGACCGUCGAGCGUGCCAUAGGUCAAAGCCCACGCCCUAUCGCUGGCAUCAUCCAAAUGUCAGCUAUCUUAAAGGAUCAACUCUUCGAUAAGAUGAGCUAUGAAGACUGGACAGAGUCCCUUUCAGCCAAGGUACAGGGAACCUGGAAUCUCCAUCAUGCGCUGCUCAGCCAACCUCUGGACUUCUUCAUUGUAUUCAGCUCCGCUGUAAGCCUAGUUGGGAACGCAGGUCAAGCCAACUAUGCCGCCGCAAAUUCAUUCUUGGACUCAUUUGUGCAGUAUCGCCGAGGACUAGGAUUGCCAGCAUCAGGGGUUAGCCUGGGUCCCGUGGAUGAAAUGGGUCUCAUGUCCCGUCAGCCGGAGCUCCUGGCCAAAGCGCACCAGACAUUUCAUCAUAUGAUGGGAGAAGGCGACGUUCUCAAGGCAUUCCAAGUUGCGGUUGUCUCCGCGAAAGACGACUUAUCGUCGUGUCGUCCAGCAACCAUGAUAGCGGGGUUGUCCCCGGCCGCUGUCACCAACGACCCGUGGUUGCAACAGGAUGCCCGCUUCACCACGUUCUCUAUAUCCAAAUCUGACGAGUUAAGCGCAGGAGGAAUUGACGAAGCGGAGUUCCAGCGAAAAAUUGCUUCGGUCAAGAGCAACCCAACUCUUCUGAAUGACGGCACAGUUGUGAAUUGGAUCAUCGAAGCACUUGGGAAACAAAUUUCGCACCAUAACGGGCAAUCAGGGGAAAUUGACGAGGCGCAAUAUCCUAAUCUCGAGGUAGAUUCUUUGAUGAGCCUUCAGAUUAAGCACUGGAUUCGGCGCAAUGCGGAUGUGGAGCUUUCGAUUGGCGCCAUAACCGAGGCGAGGAAGGUCGGAGCGAUUGCGACGCUAAUAACGGACUCGUUGCGUGCCAGAUACGGAGUGAAGGAAAAUGAGGAUGGUAAGGCUUAG